GAGAGAGAGAGAGCGAGAGAGCACGCGUGCAAUAUCUGAAAUUGUUGUUGUUGUUGUUUUUGCGCUAGCAAAAAAUAGGCGUGUAAUGUGCGUUGCGCUAGCUCCUGCUGCAAUUGUAACGGUGCCGCGGCAGUGUGUCAGUGUUGUAAAGCGUUAGCAUGGCACGCAAGGAUGAUCCCGUAUUCAAUGUGAAAUUCGUGCAGCUGGUGGAAAAUCAGGCAUGCCUAUGGAACUAUACACAUCCGGGCUAUAGCAAAAAGGAGGAGGUGCAGAAGGCCUGGCAACAUGUGGCCAAUGAAAUCAAGGAUACAGUGCGUAACUCCCGGGAACGUUGGCGUACCAUACGCAGCAGCUUCCUGCGAUCCUUGAAGGCGGCGCGCACCUCGACGGGUCGCGGCAAACGCAAAUAUUACUUAUCCAAAUAUCUGCAGUUUCUGAUACCCUAUACAAAGUCGCGCGCCUGUCACAAACAGUUGCCCGCCCAAUCCAGUGCGAAUGCGAUUGCCAUGCCCAAUCCCAAUCCCAAUCAGAGUCCCAACAAUGCUGGUGGCAUGGUCUUGCGCAAGCCGAGCACCUCAACGACGGCGGCAACAUUUCUUGCGGCCGCUGCGCUCAGCACGCAGCCAAUGACGCGCAUUGGACACAUGCGCCUGCUCGAGCAUCAUCAUCAUCAUCAACAUCAGGAGCAGCAACAUCAGGAGCAGCAUCAUCAUUCGCAUCAGGUUAACGAGUGCGACGAUAACACCAAAGACAGCAUUGACAGCCAGCCGGCGCAUGUGCAGGUCUCCGAGGAGGAGCUCGACCAGGAGCAGCAGGAGCAGCACGAGGAUGAGCCGGAGCAGGAGACAGUUGCCAGCCAGCUGGCGCAGACACCGCUGCGCCUGCAGUCCAUCAAAGUGGAGCAGCAGCAAAAUGCUGACAAAAUUGUUGCGGCAGCUGCGCAGCAUUCGCUGGUCACGCUGCCGGUGACAAUGGCUGCGGCGCUGCGCAACAACAUGGACUGGACGGUGGCCGAGUGGCUCAAAGGCAGCAACAGCCAGUUGCAGUUGCAGCAUCUGCACCACAGCAGCAACAACAACAACAACAACAACAACAGCAACAGCAACAUGUUGACGCAUCUGGGACACGCGGCAACAACGCCGCCAGCUGCAAGCACACCUGCACCACCUGCAGCAGCGGCAGCAGCAGCGACGCCGACGGCGGCAGCGCAGCCGGAUGCGGAUUAUUCGUUUUUGAUCAGCCUGCAUCCGUAUCUGAAGGAGAUGAGCGGCAAGCAGAAUCGUCGCUUUCGUCAAAAGGUUGUCGGACUCAUUGACAAUGUCCUGGACAAUGUGGAUGUUUAGGCGCACUCAAAACAACAACAAAAACAAUAUAAACAAAAAGAAAAAAAAAACAAACAACCGACAGUGCCCAUUUGUUAUAUAUAGCAACUAAAUGUACAUGUAUUGUUUAGGCGUUUAACGCAAUUAUUGCAUUGUUUUUGUUAAAGUUAAACACACACAAACACACACACACACACACACACACAUUUGUU